UGGAGCACCUGCUUCCUAAGGUGAUAGUGGUGGAGUGGGUUUGGUGAAUGCCCUGGUGCAUUUGUGGGGACCGCAGGGCCCUAGCUUGCCUCUGCAGUUGCUCCUUGCCCCUCUUCUCCAGCACUGGGAAAGUUGGAGACUGGCCAUGGAGCAGCCAGGCGCAGAGCUGUAGCCACAGUGAGGGUUUUUUUUUUCCCUUCCUCCCCCUAUAAUCCCUGGCAAUGACUCUUUAAAGCAGACAUUGCUGUCUUUUGUCUUUACUUUCCACAGUCCUGACAAAUCCCUUCCUGAUGGGAGAGACUUAGGGCCCCCGAGACACCUCCCCCCACCCCCCAACAGCCUCCCUCCUACUGUACUCCUUGUCCGCCACAGCUCUGGGUUGUGUUUUGCUGCAUCUGGUCAAGUAUCUGACCCUGCACGUUGGGAAUGUGCUGGAAAGAGGGGUGGGGUCAGCAUCUCCUCUGCCCACUUUGAGGGGGGCGUGGGGGGAGGGUCCUGGACUCCCUGAGAGUCUCCAGCCAGCCUGGCUGGGUUGGCUGGUUGUGCUCGUUGCAUAAUCUGGGCCCUGGGGCCAGCCCUGUGAAGUUGCCAGGGACAGUGUGUGCAAGGCUGAGCUGCUAAACAGGCCUUGCCAGCAGCUGCUGCGAAGAAGAGGGCUUGCGAAGAAGAGGGUUGGGGGCAGAGGUAUUCCCUGAGGGGCGCCACAAAAACAGCAGGGAGCUGGGCCUUAGGUGGAAAGCCUUCUGCAGGCAUCCCCUGUCUCCUAGCUUCCUGCUGCUGCUCCAACCCCUGCAUCCAGGACAAUCCUACCCAUCCUCUAGCUUGGGCUUACUAGGGUUAAGUUGAACUCUAGCCAGUCCUGGCUGCCAGGUAGUGCCUAGAGCACAAAAUGCCAGCUGCUCUCACUCCCACAGGCCUCCCUAGGGCCAAAGAUUCCCUUUUGGGGUCUCCUGGCACAGUGCUCUGGGCGUGAUGGUAGGGAAGCAAGAGAGGAGUCCAGUUCUGGGCUGUGGGUAAGGCCAUAUGGUGACCAGAUGGUCUGUGAGCUAUGUCUGCCAGAGGCUCCCCCCCCCAGCUGGGCCAUGUCCAGCCCAUCCUGUUGCAGGUGACUCCCUGGGGUGCUGCUGGCUGACAGGCUUACCAGCUCACCGGCUGCUUCUCUCUCUUAAGUGGGCAUCAGGGCUCUGCCUUGUCAACCUGCUUAUACCUGCUGUGACUGUACCCCCAAGCUGCUGGUGGUGCUGUACUUGGCCCUUAAAAUGGGUUCAGAGAAGGAAGGAAGUGCUUGGUGGGAGGCUGAGGGUCUACUGUGUGCCAGAGCUGGCUGGUUACAGCAAGUGGGCACAGCAUGCCAGGGCUAGGAGGUGGCCCUGGAGAGCCCUCCUCCACCCCCCCCACCCCAUCCCCAGGCCUCUGCCAGCAGGUUCCUCCCACCCCCAGCCUCCUGUCUGCUCAUUUGCUGGCAGGACUACGAGGUGGGAGGAGCGGGCAGGUGUGGUUUACGCCCUGCACUCAAGCACCGGCUUCCCUGCUUCCCUUUGUUCCUGGCACUCCAGUGGGGCUGUGUGUGCUGAUCGGGCCUAGGCUAGCUGGAGGGAGAAUGGAUGGCCUGAGCUACUGGCCACGCAGCAGUCCACCACUGACCUAUACACUCCCACUGUCUCACUUCCCCCAGCGGCCGGGCAUGUCACCCGGGAGCCGGAUGCCCAUGGCUGGCUUACAGGUGGGACCCCCAACUGGCUCCCCAUUUGGCACAGCUGCUCCACUGCGUCCAGGCAUGCCCCCCACCAUGAUGGAUCCAUUCCGAAAACGCCUGCUCGUGCCCCAGGCCCAGCCCCCAAUGCCUGCCCAGCGCCGAGGGUUAAAGAGGAGGAAGAUGGCAGAUAAGGUUCUACCUCAGCGAAUCCGGGAGCUCGUCCCAGAGUCUCAGGCAUACAUGGAUCUCCUGGCUUUUGAGCGGAAGCUGGACCAGACCAUCGCCCGGAAGCGCAUGGAGAUCCAGGAGGCCAUCAAGAAGCCUCUGACGCAAAAGCGAAAGCUUCGCAUCUACAUUUCCAAUACAUUCAGUCCCAGCAAGGCAGAAGGCGAUAGUGGGGGAACUGCAGGAACCCCUGGGGGAACCCCUGCAGGGGACAAGGUGGCUUCCUGGGAACUACGAGUAGAAGGAAAACUGCUGGAUGAUCCUAGCAAACAGAAGAGGAAGUUUUCUUCAUUCUUCAAGAGCCUUGUCAUUGAGUUGGACAAGGAGCUGUAUGGGCCUGACAACCACCUGGUGGAGUGGCACCGUAUGCCCACCACCCAGGAGACAGAUGGCUUCCAGGUGAAGCGGCCCGGAGACCUCAAUGUGAAGUGCACCCUCUUGCUCAUGCUGGAUCACCAGCCUCCACAGUACAAAUUGGAUCCCCGACUGGCGAGGCUGCUAGGCGUGCACACCCAGACAAGGGCUGCCAUCAUGCAGGCCCUGUGGCUUUACAUCAAACACAACCAGCUGCAGGACGGGCACGAGCGCGAGUACAUCAAUUGCAACCGUUACUUCCGCCAGAUCUUCAGUUGUGGCCGACUCCGUUUCUCUGAGAUCCCCAUGAAGCUGGCCGGGCUGCUGCAGCAUCCAGAUCCCAUUGUCAUCAACCACGUCAUUAGUGUGGAUCCUAACGACCAGAAGAAGACAGCCUGUUAUGACAUCGAUGUGGAGGUGGAUGACCCACUCAAAGCCCAGAUGAGCAACUUCCUGGCUUCCACCACCAAUCAGCAGGAGAUUGCCUCCCUGGAUGUCAAGAUCCACGAGACCAUCGAGUCUAUCAACCAGCUGAAGACCCAGAGGGAUUUCAUGCUCAGCUUCAGCACUGACCCCCAGGACUUCAUCCAGGAGUGGCUGCGUUCCCAGCGCCGGGACCUCAAGAUCAUCACCGAUGUGAUCGGCAAUCCUGAGGAGGAGAGACGAGCUGCUUUCUACCACCAGCCCUGGGCCCAGGAGGCAGUGGGGCGGCACAUCUUUGCCAAGGUGCAGCAGCGGCGGCAGGAACUGGAACAGGUGCUGGGCAUCCGCUUGACCUAACUGCUCAGGGACUGCAUCCUUCUGCCCAGGCCUGGAGCUCAGAAGGGGACCAGCCAGCAGGUCCCAGCCGGGACUGCAGACGGGGUGAGGGGUGUCUGCUAGCACUCUACUCCCCAGCUUUAGUUUCAUAAGCAUAGUGGUAGGAUUCCUUGUUGCUUGGUUUCCAAAGCCUUAUUCCUUCCUUUCCAUGUUGGCUUUAGCCGGGUUCAUAGGUACCUCCCCUGCCCCUACAGGCAGGCCUCGUGGGACCACUGGAGGCUGUGCUUUGAUGUAAUUGAGACCUUUAGGAACCAAAGGCGCUGGGUUUGCAUGUUUACAGGCCCCCACCCCAGGGUGAGCAAGAGCUGGCUCUGCGGAGGGAGCCAGGCGAGGAAGACGAGGCACAGCCCAGACUCUUCCUAACCUCCUGAAACCAAAGUUCUUGGCCAUUCCUAUAAGCCCAGCCUUGUUGCCGGUUUUUCUCCUUUUCUCUGGGUAUUUGCACUAUUUGGGAGCAGGAUUUUCUAUGUGGGAGCCACUUUUUUUGUACAGGGGUAUGUUGGGGGUUUUCAGGGAGCCCUAUUUGGUGCCUCCUCAUUCUCUUUCUUCAAUCUAUGCAAGCGGCUCCAGCCGCCAUCAUCUCCUAGGACACCAGCGGGCUGGGGAGGUGACACCUCCUGGAGGGGGGAGGGCGGGUGUGCAAAUGGUGAAGGGCAGGAGGUGUCUGGGGGGAUCCCUGCUGUCCUUGGGGUACUUGGGAGGGUGGGUGGGUCCAGGGUUUGGCAAGUGCCACUUCUGGCAGGUUUGGAACUUCCCAAAUAAAUCCUUUUGUUUAUUG